AUGUCGCUUCCAAUCGCUGGUCCACCUCCCGCGCAUAUUUCUGACGACGGUCGCAGCCUCGGGGACUUCGUCAGUUUCUCGGACAUUCAGUCCCACCUGCAGGCCCCAGGAUCUGCUCUGGACGUGGAAGAAUUACCCAGAGGAUCGGUGGAUCUUUCUGCAAUCCCUCCUACGAGCGAGCGGAUCAGGAGACGAUCUGAGCUUCCUCGGACCCGACCUUCAGAUUCUCCGACGGCUUUCAAGCCAGAGUUCAUCGAAUUACCUGUUCUUUCCAAGACCACGGAGGAGCCCCUAUAUGGGCAAUCGAGUGGAGUCCGUGCACCAGGCAUCUCUUCGAAGUCGGAGAUAUCCAUCGGUGACGUUGAGACGGCCGCGGGCAGCGUGCCCGCUUCUGCUGGUGCUUCGUGGCAUAUUUCAGACGAGGUCAACUUGGCUGCGUCUACCGUUUCUGCGGGGCAGAAAGCGAUUUAUCGGCGCAACAGCCGGAUCCAAUUCGCUGCUUUGUGUUAUGCUUUUUUCCUUGAGGGCUGGAAUGACGGUACCACUGGGCCUCUUCUGCCUACAAUUCAGCGUCAUUACGGCAUUGGCUUUGCCAUUGUAUCAUUACUGUUCGUUUUUAAUACAGUCGGCUUCCUGAGCGGCGCUAUGGUCAACGUCUACCUCAACGACCGAUUCGGCUUAGGAAAGGUGUUGGUGAUAGGCGCCUUCUCCCAGCUGGUCGGGUACGCGCUGAUGGCCCCGGGGAGCCGGUUCCCCGUUAUGUGUCUGGCGUUCUGCUUCUCCGGGUUUGGUAUCUCGCUGCAGAAUGCGCAAGCCAAUGGAUUCGUCGGGAGCCUGAAGGAACAUGCGAGGAUCAAAUUCGGGUUACUGCACGGGUCGUACGGCCUGGGCGCGUUCGUCGCGCCCUUGGUGGCGACGCAUUUUGCGACGUCUAGGCAUUGGUCGUAUCACUAUGUGAUCUCCGCCGGCAUCGGUAUCACGAAUACGCUCGUCCUCCUUGCAGUGUUCCGCUUGAAGAAGCAAGAUGAUAUCUUGGCUGAAGCGGGGCAAGCCGCUGGCGAAACCCAUCCCGAGAGGGACAACAAGUACCGUCAGAUACUGGGCAUCAAGGAGGUGCAUUUCCUAUCUAUAUUCUCUUUGAUCUAUGUCGGCGUUGAGGUGUCGCUCGGAGGAUGGAUCGUCACGUUCAUUGAACAAAAGCGCGGGGGCAAUGCGACCGCCGGCUACAUCUCGUCCGGCUUCUUCGGAGGCCUCAUGCUUGGCCGAAUCUUUCUGAUGUGGCUCAACCGCAAGGUCGGCGAACGCCGCAUCAUGUUCUUCUACGGCAUCAUAGCCAUCAUUCUGGAAGUGACGGUCUGGGUCGUGCCGUCGCUCAUCGAGAACGCGGUGGCGGUCUCCUUCAUCGGGCUGCUGCUCGGGCCCAUGUACCCGAUCCUGAUGAACCACUCCACCGCGAUCCUGCCCAAGUGGCUGCUCACGGGGUGCAUGGGCUACAUCGCGGGCUUCGGCCAGGCGGGCUCCGCCGUCCUGCCAUUCGUGACGGGCCUCCUCGCGUCCAAGUUCGGGAUCGGGUCGCUGCAGCCGCUGAUCGUGUCGAUGAUGUCGACUAUGAUCGUCAUCUGGGCGAUCGUGCCGAGGGUGCGCCGGUUCGAUUGA